CCCCUUCACCAACUCUCACUUCCUCCAUUAAUCUUUCUUCUGUCUUUAUCUUUCUCUCACUCUCUAUCUCUCUCUCUCCUCCUGAUCUAUAACAUCAAAAGAGAAGACAAAGCAAGUUAAAGAAACUUGCUUUGUUGUAUUUAGCAUCACAUUUUUGUUACUAUUAUAGUAUUUAUUUAUACAUACAUAUUAUUAUUUUUUUGCAUUGAUUUUGCAUUUUUAUAGCAUUCUAAUUUAUGGGUAAUCACUAUCAUAUGAGAAAGAAUAGAGGGUUAAUCUGGAAAUUGCUUCAAUUUGUGUUAUUCUUCUCAAUUUUUCAUGAAUUGUGUGUGUUACCUAAGAUUGUUACAGGGCAAAAUAUUGAUGAAGAAAUAAUCAAUGUUUCUGAUUUUCAAGCACUUCAAGCAUUUAAGCGUGAACUUGUUGAUGUUCGAGACACGCUUAAGAGCUGGAAUGGAUCAAGAAAUGGAGUUUGUUCAGGUAGCUGGACAGGAAUUAAGUGUAUGAAAGGACAUGUUAUUGCUAUACAACUUCCAUUUAAGGUUUUAGGAGGAAGAAUUUCAAACAAAAUUGGGCAGUUUAAAGAGUUAAGAAAGCUUAGUCUUCAUGAUAAUUUUAUUGGGGGUACUAUCCCUUCAUCUUUAGGGUCACUCCCUAAACUUAGAGGACUUUAUCUUUUCAACAAUCGUUUUUCUGGGAUGAUUCCUUCUUUAAUUGGUAACUCUCCUCAACUUCAAGCUAUUGAUCUUAGUAAUAAUUUGCUUUCUGGGUUUAUUCCACAAAAUCUUGUUAGUUCUCCAAGGAUUUAUAGGGUUAAUUUGAGCUUUAAUUCGUUUUCGGGUUCGAUUCCUAGUAGUUUUUCUCAUUCUUCAUCACUUACUUUUCUUGCUCUUCAAAAUAACAAUCUUUCUGGAUCAAUUCCUAGUUCUUGGGGUACCCAAAAUUUAAGGUCACUGACCCUUGAUCAUAAUUCUUUUUCUGGGAGUAUCCCACAUUCUUUGGGUAAGUUGGGUAAUCUUGAGGAGUUGUCUUUGAGUCAUAAUAAGAUUAAUGGUGUUAUCCCAGAUGAGAUAAGUAGUCUUUUGAAGCUUAGAGCUGUGGAUUUGUCUAGUAAUUCUAUUAAUGGUAGUUUGCCUAAAGGAUUAGUUGGUUUGAAGAAUCUUUCAUCUCUUAAUCUUAAGAAAAAUCACCUUACAGGAGAUGUUCCUUCUACUAUUGGUAACCUUUCUAGCAUUAGUCUCCUUGAUUUAUCAGAAAACAAUUUCACAGGAGAAAUUCCGGCCUCGCUUGAAAAUCUCUCAAAUUUGACCUCUUUCAAUGUCUCCUACAACUCUUUCUCUGGCCAAGUACCCAUUCGCCUUUCGAAGCGAUUCAAUUCUUCUUCUUUUGUGGGAAACAUUCAGUUAUGUGGGUUUAGUGCCUCAACUCCAUGUAUUGCAGCAUCACCAGUGUCUGAGGCUCCAUCAAUGAGUCCAUCAACUAGUGAGGAACCAGAACACCACCACCGAAGAUUGAGUACUAAAGACAUAAUCCUCAUAAUAGUGGGAGCACUCCUUGCUAUUUUGUUUAUACUCUGCUGUGUUUUGCUGUUUUGUUUGAUCAGGAAAAGAGCAGGUUCUAAAGCUAGAAAUGGUAAGACUGCUGGUAUUGAGAAGGGUUUUGCUGCAGGAGCUGCAGGAGGAAGUGCUGAAGCUGGACCAAAUGGCGGUAAAUUAGUAUUGUUUGAUGGACCAUUUGUGUUUACAGCUGAUGAUUUGUUGUGUGCAACAGCUGAGAUCAUGGGGAAGAGCCCUUAUGGGACGGUGUAUAAGGCCACGCUUGAGGAUGGUAACCAAGUUGCAGUGAAAAGGCUUAGAGAGAAGCUUGCAAAGAUUCCUAAGGAGUUUGAAAUUGAAGUUGCUGCUCUCGGAAGGAUUCGCCAUCCGAAUCUUCUCCCCCUUAGGGCUUAUUACUUGGGACCUAAAGGAGAGAAGCUAUUGGUGUUCGAUUACAUGUCCAAGGGUAGUGUUUCCUCUUUUCUUCAUGCUCGAGGACCAGAGUCUACCAUCGAUUGGCCAACAAGGAUGAAGAUCGCGAUAGGAAUUACAAGUGGACUGAGCCAUAUCCAUAACCAAGAAAACUUAGUUCAUGGAAAUCUCACUUCAAGUGAUGUUUACCUAGAUGAGCAAAACAACCCCAGAAUAUCAGAUUAUGGAAUUCACAGACUGAUGACUGAUACUGCAAACACCAAUGUUAUUGCCACAGUUGGCUCAGCAGGUUAUCGUGCACCUGAACUUCCAAAGACGAAGAAGGCAACUACAAAAACUGACAUCUACAGUCUAGGGGUGGUUCUAUUGGAGCUUCUGACAGGGAAGUCUCCUAACGAAGCAGUGGACGGUUUAGAUUUGCCACAGUGGGUGGCAUCAACAGUUAAGGAAGAGUGGACUAAUGAGGUUUUUGAUCUAGAGCUGAUGAGGGAUGUUUCAACUACAGGGGAUGAAAUGCUUAAUACAUUGAAAUUGGCAUUGCACUUGGUCGAUCCUUCGCCUGAUGCAAGACCAGAUGUCCAACAGGUACUUCAGCAGCUAGAGGAGAUCAACCCUAAGCUCAUUGCUGAAGCUUCUGAGGAUCCUGCUGAGAAAGACCAUCACCUUAUCUGAAAAUUGGUUAUCCUUUUUUUGGUAUAGUCUUUGUACUAUAUACUUGUGAUAUACUAUAUACUUCAAUUCUUUCUAGUACAUAGGCCUUCAGUUGUAGUCUUAUAGAUGUGCCAUUUGUUAUUCUUUGAACAUGGGAAAUACUAAUAAGGUCCAUAUACUGUAGAAGAUGUAGCAUUUGUUAUUCUUUUCAGGUCGAGAUGCAGUAAUAUGUUGUAAGAGAUCUGUGGUUUGUAAUAUAUUGACUAUGUUAUUAGUUCUUA